AUGUUAGACAACAUACUUUUGUUAAGUGCCGCUAAAAAUAAAUCUACGAACUUUUUUAUUACCCACUUUAUUUACUAACUUUGUAGUUUGUGACCAAUUUUGAAGCGUACUUAUUUUCAACAUAAGGCAAGAAAUUUACCCGUUUUUAAUAAAGACAAACUUUGAUCAAUAAUUUUAAAGACGGCUUGCGGCUUGCUGGAUAUUACUGGAAGGAAAUAAACACAACAAAAAUAGAACCACUUUUAAAACUAAACCAAACGUCAUAGUGACGCAUUUGAGAUUCGUUGUAAAAUUUUCGUAUUGAUGGUAUUUUGUGAUUAAAAUUUAUUAAUUGAUUGUGCAAUGAACGCUCAAGACUUGAUAUCUGGAUUUAAUUUUUGGUAUAUUCAAGCAAGGAACGCUUUUAUCAGGUCCACGGAUUUACCAGACGGUUAUUUAAAUCGGCUUCAUAAAUAUUUAGUCUAUGAAGGUGAAAAUACAGAUGCAUCUAACGGAGAAUAUAAUCCUUGGCCGUCUUAUCCGUUUACGGGGAAGCUGAGGCCAUACCCACCUGGACCUAAGCGUACUGUGCCGCCAAACAUCGGCCGCCCGGAUUAUGCCGACCAUCCAACGGGAUUUCCAGCAUCGGAAAACGCUGCUAAAGGGUCUGGCCAAAUAAAGGUGUUAGAUGACGAAGAAAUAGAAGGCAUGAGGGUUGCCUGCCGCCUUGGAAGAGAAGUGCUUGAUGAAGCAGCCAAGGCGUGUGGUGUAGGAGUGACUACAGAUGAAAUAGACAGAGUGGUUCACGAAGCGUGCAUUGAACGGGAAUGUUAUCCCAGCCCUUUGAACUAUCACAAUUUUCCGAACAGUUGUUGCACAUCUGUUAAUGAGGUUAUAUGUCAUGGUAUCCCAGACACCCGUCCGUUGCAGGACGGUGAUCUUUGCAAUGUAGAUGUAACUGUCUAUCACAGGGGCUUCCACGGUGAUCUGAAUGAGACUUUCUUUGUUGGUAACGUUCCAGAAUCCUCUCAAAAAUUAGUUCAGGUCACAUAUGAAUGCUUGCAAAAGGCGAUAGCUAUCGUUAAACCGGGAGAGAAGUACAGGGAGAUUGGAAACGUGAUACAGAAACAUGCACAGGCAAACGGACUCAGUGUAGUAAGGUCAUACUGUGGUCAUGGAAUACAUAGGCUAUUCCAUACAGCGCCAAAUGUUCCUCAUUAUGCUAAAAACAAGGCAGUUGGUGUGAUGAAGCCGGGACAUUGCUUCACAAUAGAGCCGAUGAUCAACGAGGGUGGCUGGCGAGAUGAGCAGUGGCCGGACCAGUGGACUGCAGUCACUGCUGACGGCUCGAGAUCAGCUCAAUUUGAACAAACACUUCUAGUGACUGAAACUGGUUGUGACAUACUCACGCAGCGAGCGUCCGGCCGGCCUUGGUUCAUGGAUCAAUUGGAAAAACUUAAGUAGCGCUAGCGUUUUGUUUGUGAAUGCUGUACUAGGAAAACAAUAUACAAACACUUGAAUGGUUAUGUCCCGGUGGAUUAUAGUGAUUGUUUCAGCUGGUUGGUUAGUUUUUCUUUGAUUUCUAUCAUGUUAAAAAAUGCUGCAAAUUCUCAUGAUCACGAUAUUAAUUUAUCACAUGCAAAUGUUUUUGUGUUUUAUGUUUUAUUAUUUUUGUACAGAUUGUUAAUGGGAAAAUUAAUUCAAAUGCUGAAACACUCAACUAAACAAUCAAGCAUCAGGGUCCAACCAUUUAGGAAUGCAUAAUGCAACAUUAAAUCUAUUUGUUUUGUAGACCCUAUUGCUGUUUCUGUUUAAUAUUUAGAAUUAGAGACCUUGCAUAAUACAUAUAAACAGACAAAUGGUCCAUAAUAUAUUAAUUUAGUAAACUGUAAGUGCAAAGACCUGCAUAGAAUUACAAAUUAUAAUAAAAAAGAAAGUUAUUCUAAUAUGUCAUAUAUUUAAACAUUAUUUUGCCUUACGUUCUCAUAAUAUAUUUGUUGUCACAAAUUAAACAAAUGAUUUUUUUUUAUAAAUAAUUAUAUUUAUUAAAAAACCAGCAAUAUUUAAGAAAGAAAUAACUUCCACACAUAUCUCGAUACCUAUAUGACACUAAAAUAAAAUUACUCAAUACUCAUGGUAAUAGAAGCCAAUGUCUCAAAUACCAAUAAUUAUUAUUCAAUUUGUGAUAGGAAGCAAUAACUUAAAGCCCAGUGACUUGAUAAUAAGAGUUUUUACAUUUUUUAACUGUUGAGCGUAAUCUUAUAGACUUUUUUAUAAUAGUUGUAUGCCUUAGGGUGCUUUUCCAUCAAUAAUAUGCGAGGAUGUAUAGCGAUAAUGUGUUUGUAAAUAACCUAUCACAUUGUUUCAUUUAGUUCGAAGUUUGAAGCUAUACCACAGAAUAUAAAUAAUAGUACUACGUACAGAAGGUUCACUCCCUCGCAAAAGUCAACUUUAGGCAUAAAUAAAUACUAGCUGUAUAGCUAUUCGUUGUGUGCGCGAUGACAGCGCCCC